AUGGAGGUUGAGAAUCUCACCUCGAUCAGGGAGUUCCUCUUGUUGGGCCUUUCCACCCACCACAAAACCCGGAUGAUGCUCUUUGCCACAAUCCUCCUCAUCUAUUCUCUUACCCUUUUGGGGAAUCUGGCAGUCAUCAUGCUGGUACGGGUCAACUCCAGCCUCCACACUCCGAUGUACUUCUUUCUGAGCCACCUCUCAUUCCUGGAGAUCUGCUACACCUCCAGCACUGUGCCCCAAAUGUUGGCUCACCUCCUGUCAGGUAAUGGAGCCAUCUCCUCGACCUGCUGUGCAAUCCAGAUGUACACAACCAUGACCUUCGGUGGCAUAGAAUGCUUUCUGCUGGCCGUCAUGGCCUAUGACCGCUACUUGGCCAUCUGUCAUCCCUUGAUCUAUGCCAUAACUAUGGACAAGGGGCGCCAAUGGAGGCUGACAACUGCUUCCUGGGCAGUGUGUUUCCUAAUUGCAGCUGUGAAUAUAAGUUUGACUUUUCAGCACUCCUUCUGUGGCCCCAACCAUAUCAACCACUUUUUCUGUGAGCUGCCUUUGGUAGUGAAGCUUGCAUGUGAUGACACCCAUGUAACAGAAGUUAUUCUGUUUUGGACAUCGGUGCUGGUUCUCCUUGGUCCCCUUUCAGUUGUCUUGGCCUCCUAUGCACUCAUCCUGUUCAUGGUGUUCCGGAUGAGGUCAACUGCUAGAUGGCAGAAGGCCUUUUCCACAUGUGUCUCCCACUUGGCAGUGGUUACCUUGUUCUAUGGCACCCUCAUCUUUAUGUACCUGAAACCACAGACUGAUGCAGCUCCCAAUCGGGACAAACAAGUUGCUGUCUUUUACAUUGUGGUUACUCCCCUGCUCAACCCUAUCAUUUAUACACUGAGGAACAAGGAUAUCCACAGGGUGGUGGCCAAAAUGCUACAAAGGAGGCUCUGA